AUGGCAUCCACUCCCCGUUUUCGCGUUACGCCCCCGCAUCCGCCAGAGGCGCACAAAGGGCGGGUUAUGGAAUCCAUCAGCGACACCGCAUCCAAGGCCGGUAAGGCAGGACGCCCAAUUCUUUUCUCCUUCGACGAGAUGCCGGAGUGGUUCCGACGUGAAUCCAACCAGUGGAUUCUCCAUGGUUAUCGGCCCAUCUCAGGCUCGGCUCACGCUUCGUUCUGCAGUUGGUCGUAUAUCCACAACGAGUCGGUUAACAUAUAUUCCCACCUCAUCCCGGCCGUUUUCUUCCUGCUCGGCGAGUGGUAUAUCCAGCAGUACCUUGCCAGCAAAUACUCCGGGGUCACUCGCGCCGAUUUCAUUGCUUUCUCUAUCUUCAUGUUAACGGCCGUUACGUGCCUGUCGCUGUCGGCGACGUACCAUACCUUGAUGAACCACUCCCAACAAGUGGAACAUUUCUGCCUGCGACUAGACAUGCUAGGCGUAGUGAUCUUCAUACUAGGCGACCUUGUCUUAGGCAUAUAUAUCAUUUUCUGGUGUGAACCUUUGCCACUUUUCGGGACGUUAACUAUCUUCAUGACAAUGCAUCCCAAGUUCCAGGGCUCAAAGUAUCGCCUCUUCCGAGCAUUGAUGUUCGUGGCAACGGGCUUGUCUGGUGUUGCGCCCUUGAUCCAUGGACUCAAUGUAUUCGGCAUGUCACAGAUGAUGAGAAAAGCCUUGCCCUAUACUCUGGCAAAAGCAGGCUGCCUUCUAUCUGGGACUUCGUUUUAUGCAGUAAGUCUCCCAACGUCGCACACGAGAGAAAUUUACCCUAACACGUGGUUCUGA